CACGUUUGGUAAUGUAAAUGCAUUUAACUCUUAUUUUGGAAAUAAAAACAUGGAAGACCUAUUUUAAAUAUUUUUAAUGUUUUAUUUCUACUUUAAUCUUUUUAUCUUCUACCAUCUGCGUGCGUUUGUAACGAGUGUCUUUCCACUUUUAACUUUUAUGGGUAAAAAAAGGUAUGUAUGUAUGUGUUUGUCGUGUUUAUAUGUAAGUUUCUCCCUGUAUAUAACUGGUUGCAUUUGCAUUUUUUUUAUACAACAUAAAAAAGGAAGGUCAGGCGAUCACAAAAAAUGAUGAAGAGAUUGCUCCUCUGCUUAAGCAGUCUAAUAUUAGCCGGCGGAGUCUGCGGCGGUCCUCUGCUCCUCCGCCUCUACUUCCUCCGCGGCGGCCACUUGAUAUGGUUUGCCAGCUGGAUACAGACCGCCGGAUUCCCCUUCAUCCUCAUCCCACUCUUCAUAUCCUACCACCGACGCCGAAGCGGCGGCAAAAGCCCCGAGAAAGCAAAGUUGUUCCAGAUAACGCCGUUCCUGUCCGUGUGCGCCGCCUCGAUCGGCAUCCUGGUCGGCGUGGACAACUACCUCUACUCCUACGGCGUGGCGAAGCUCCCGGUGUCGACCUCGUCCCUCAUCAUCGCCACCCAGCUCGCCUUCACGGCGGGGUUCGCCUUCCUCCUCGUGAAGCAACAGUUCACCGCGUACUCGGUCAACGCGGUGGUGUUGCUGACGCUGGGGGCGGUGGUGCUGGGCGUGCACGCGGGGAGCGACAGGCCGGCGGGGGAGUCGGAGAAGGGGUACGUUGUGGGGUUUGUGGUGACGGUGGCGGCGGCGGGUAUUUACGGGUUGAUACUGCCGUUGGUGGAGCUGAGCUAUAGGAAGGGGAAGCAGAGUGCGAGCUUUGAUUUAGUUUUGGAGUUUCAGCUGAUUAUGGGUUUUGUUGCCACUCUUUUUGCCACCAUAGGCAUGCUUAUUAACAAGGAUUUUCAGGCAAUAGGGAGGGAGGCAAGAGAGUAUGAAUUAGGGUUAGGGAAAUACUACGGAUUAGCAGUGGCGAGCAGCAUGACGUGGCAGUUGUUCUUCGUGGGGGCAGUGGGAGUGAUAUCCUACGGCUCAUCACUCCUCUCCGGCGUCAUCAUCACCGUCCUCCUCCCCGUCACGGAGGUCUUCGCCGUCGUAUUCUACCACGAGAAGUUCCAGGCCGAGAAGGGCAUCUCCCUCUUCCUCUCCAUUUGGGGCUUCGUUUCCUACUCUUACGGCGAGAUCAAACACAUUAACAGCCUCAAACCCGCCGCCGCCGCCGCCGCCCAUUCUUCCUUGUCGUCGUCGCUGUCAUCCACAGCUGUUGCUCCGUCAUCCCGUCCAUCUGUAUAAUUAAUUAAUUCUUGAGGAUCUCAUGAGUAAAUGUUAAAUGGAGAGAGCUGAUGAUGCGCUAGUUAAGCAAAAUUAAAUGCUGCACGUUAUU